UAGCUUCCCCAGGCAGCUGCAGAGGAGAUCCGAGCAGAUCUGGACUGGCUUCGCCGCGCUCUGAGGUCUCCAAACCAUCGGCAUGCACAACCACCUGUAGAUUCACAGGAUGUUUACCUGGGUGGUGAAAGUGGUUCCUCAACCUGCCGAAGCUCCAGGAACUGUCGAAACUCCUGGGAACUCUGCUGCUGUGUCUGGAAAGAACAAAGAAGCUAAGAAUGCUUCUGUGAAAAAUUCAGAAGAGGCUUCAGAGGACAGUCAGAACAGCGUUGGUGUGAUUGGCUGGCUGUCUAAUGGGUUCGUCAGCGCCCUGCCGCAGCCUCCUGGAUCCCCUCUGCCUAAGGGGGCCAACUCAGACUCCAGGUCAGGAGAAGAUGGAGAAAGGACGGGAGUAAUGGGCUGGGUCACUCAGGGCCUGACCAAAGUUCUGCCUCAGCCUGAUGAAAAAUACAAAGAGGUGACAGUGACCCAGAGCACGACAGAGGAGCAUACUGAGGUGCUGGACGUGGCAACAUUACCAGAUUAUGACCCUCUUCCACACAUCCCUGUAGUGGAUGUAGUGUCAGAGGAGGAGGCGUCAGAAGUGGAGAGUUUGACCCCUCAGUUUCCUCCUCAAGUGGUGAGCUGGAUAAAGCAGAUAAUCCCUCAGCCAGUGAUUCCGCCCCCUAGUGGCAUGCAAAUGGAACCUCCACCAAAAGCCAAACGUACUUCUUUAGAGAAAACUCUUUCUCCUCCACCUGAAUCUCUGAGUGGAAUCUCACUGGAUACUGAAAGCAAGGCUUCUGGAGUGGUGGACUGGUUUGUGUCAGGGCUGGGUUUGAAGAUGCCCCAGCUUGUCCUUCCACCCAAAGAUGAAGCUGAGAGUGCCACCGGGGGGCUGCAGAAAGCUUCAUCUGAACUUCAGCCCGACAUGGUUCUGGAGGAUGUGGAAUCAGAUCAUGAGGGCCAGCAAACAUGUGAAAAUGACACCAAAGUUGCAGAAACUCUGAGUCCAACAACAAUCCAGCAGCAGCAGGAGGAGACACCGUCCAGCCCCGUCCAGUGUCCCGGAAACUGUGAGCCCAACCAGGAUGAGCCGGCAUUAGAUUGCCUGACUAAAACAUCACAAGAAGAUGCUGAGACUCAGACCGGCCGCUGGACUCCAUUUAUUGAAAGCAUCAAGAAAGAGGCUGAAGAUGUUGCUUUGGCCACUAUGGAGGAACGCCUGCUUCAGGAGCGCAUAGAAAUGACCCGUCUGGCUGAGGAGGUGGCCCGGCAGACAGCAGAGAUGGCUGUUAGACAGUUGGCCAGUGAGGGAACGUCCUUUAAACUCUCACUGGGGAGCCAGGAGCCGCUGGAAGAACCUGAAGCUGAGCUGCCAGAAACACGAGAAGAAGAAAGCAAGGUGGAUCGAGAAGAAGACACAGAAAAGGAAGACACUUUAGUCUCAGAUGAGCAGAAAGUAGAUGCUGAGGAAUCCACCAUCAAGGAAACUGAAAUACCUGAACCGAAGCAGGAGACAGCCACCUCUCCACCACCAGAUACUGAACCAGAAAGCAAUCCUAAGCCAGAGACAGAAUCUUCACCAGAACCAGGUACCCAGAGCCAGGAGGCUGUGACCACGCAGCCCCAGAAAGCAGAGGACGCUCCAGCUUCAAUCACAGACAAGGCUACUGAGAAAGAGGAAGAUGCUUCAGGUGACGGCUGUGGAGAGAGCUCUGGCCUCCGUCCGGCUGUAAACGUAGAAGACGUCGACCACCAGAAAACAGGAGGAGGAGAAGAGAAGAGCAACACGUCCCAAAUCCUCACCCCUCAGGACCCCAAAGUGACGACUCUGACUGUCCCUUUGGCCCCGGCAGGAGGGCGUCAGAGUAAAGGAGAUAAAGACAGUGGGAGGAACCGAAGGAGCAUCUGGACAAAGAUCAAACGAGCACGUUCUCAGAGUGAAGAUGAUGAUGAAGAAGUAAGCAUCCCAGUCAGAGCCUGGCCCAGUCAGUCCAGUCUGCAGAGCUCAGACGACAUGUUAAGAGAGCGUCCAGCCUCUGCUGCCAGUCAGACCAGUGCAGUGGUCAAUGAACGACUUCAGGAGCUGGUCAGGAUGUUUAAAGAGAGAACAGAGAAGGCCAAGGAGAAACUUAUUGACCCAGACAGCUCCGAUGAAGAAAGCAUCAUUACCUCUUCCCCUCAGCCCGCCCCUGAAGCUGCACUCCUGGAUGAAGAAGAGGAAGGUAUGAGAGGAGAUUCAUCAGUUGGUGAGGAAGAAAGAGGAGGGAUGGGGAGCAGGGAAGAUGAGGAGACGUCUGGAGGCCCCAGCAAGGUGAAAACCACUCCCCGAUGGAUCCAGGCCUGUUUGCACCUCCGAUUCCCUGCCAGCAUCGACCCCUUUACCAACCUAAUGUAUGUGCUUUGGAUGUUCCUGGUUUCCCUGGCCUGGAACUGGAACGUUUGGCUCAUCCCAGUCCGCUGGGCCUUCCCCUAUCAGACUCCUGGUAAUAUCUACUACUGGCUGGUGACCGACUACCUGUGUGACCUUAUUUACAUCUUGGACAUCACGGUGUUCCAGCCACGCCUGCAGUUUGUUCGUGGAGGAGACAUAGUGUGUGACAAGAAAGAAAUGAGAAAGAAUUACAUGAAAACCAAGCGCUUCAAGUUUGAUGUAGCCAGCCUUGUUCCACUGGAGCUUUUUUAUUUUAAAACUGGCAUCAACCCUCUGCUGCGUCUACCACGCCUGCUGAAAAUAAACUCCUUCUUUGAGUUCAAUGAGCGUCUGGAGGCUAUCUUGACCAAAGCCUACAUUUACAGGGUGAUCCGAACAACUACAUAUCUCCUCUACUGUCUUCACUGCAACGCCUGUCUCUACCACUGGGCGUCCUCCUACAUCGGAUUGGGCUCCACCCAGUGGGUGUACAAUGGUGUCGGCAACAGUUAUAUUCGAUGUUACUACUUUGCUGUGAAAACUCUGAUCACCAUCGGAGGCCUGCCAGAUCCCUCCUCCCUGUUUGAGAUCGUCUUCCAGCUCAUUAACUAUUUUGUUGGAGUCUUUGUCUUCUCCAUCAUGAUUGGUCAGAUGCGGGACGUUGUUGGCGCGGCCACAGCGGCUCAGACCUACUACCGCACCUGUAUGGACAAUACCAUUAAAUACAUGACGUCUUAUCGCAUACCAAAAGAAGUCCAGAACCGCGUCAAAACCUGGUAUAAUUACACUUGGCAGUCACAAGGCAUGCUGGAUGAACAGGAGCUUCUGACCCAGCUGCCGGAUAAAAUGCGCCUGGAUAUUGCCGUAGAUGUCAACUACUCCAUUGUGAGCAAAGUCCCUCUCUUCCAGGGUUGUGAUAGACAGAUGAUUUUUGACAUGCUGAAAAGCCUGCGAUCUGUUGUCUACCUGCCUGGAGAUUAUGUCUGCAAGAAGGGCGAGGUGGGUCGAGAGAUGUACAUCAUAAAAGCAGGGGAGGUGCAGGUUGUUGGAGGACCUGAUGAGAGGACAGUGUUUGCCACCCUCAGAGCAGGAUCUGUCUUUGGAGAGAUAAGUUUACUUGCAGUGGGUGGAGUCAACAGGCGCACAGCCAACGUGAUUUCUCAUGGAUUCGCAAACCUUUUCAUCCUCGACAAGAAAGACCUGAAUGAGAUCCUGGUCCACUACCCUGAGUCGAAGAAACUGCUGCGCAAGAAAGCCAGGAAGAUGCUCAAUAAGGGGAAAAAGCCUGAACCCAAAGAAGAGCCUAAGGAAGUGGUUCAGGUACCAGUAGCUCCAGUCAGGCCGGAGACUCCCAAACUGCUCCGAGCAGCUCUUGAGAUGACAGAGAGAUCUUCAGGACUAAAAGGGGCUCUGGCUAAGGUCAAAGAGAAGACCAGCAAAUCCAGUAUAUCUCUACAGCAAUCUUUGUCCGCCUCUUUACGUCCUCCAUCUGCUGCUCUUGGCUCUGGACCUGAACGGGAGGUGGACACACCGACAUCCAUCUCUGCUAGCUCUAUGACACUUCACUCAACUCCUUAUAGUUGCAACCCAGAAGAUCUUCCUCCUGCAGAGUUCCACAGUGACGCAGUCAAAAAGGAUGGUAGUGAGGAUGAGUGGGAUGAAAUGGAGGACAGGAAGGAGAAGAGGAUAUAAAAGUGGUUCUGGAAAAACUGAAGGUUUCAGAUGUUUCUGUAGUCCUACCUUAACAGGUGCAGAGGAGAAAAAAGGUUAGUGACCCCCAACAGGUGAUGCAGGGAAAUAAAUGAGUCAGAUUUCCAUGUCGAUUGUUAACUUCUUACAGGUUAGUAUCUUUAAGUCACAUCCUCCUCUUUUUACAAAAAUAAGGAUCUUGUCUUUCUGCAGAAGAUCAUUGUUUUGUUGUUGUUUCCUAAAAGUUUACAGGUUCCAUUGAGAUCUCUUAAAGAACAUCUUGCCUUAUUUUUUUACUGACUGAACAUAUAUCAGAUCUCCCUGCUGAGCGUUCACUCAGAUGAAAACUGGUUUAGUCAAUGUGAGACACUGCUGUAUCUCAUCUACUUAUUUUAGAUUAGAACUAUGAUAAUACCAAUAAUAUCAACAUGCUGUAAAAUAAACUGUAAAUAUCAUAAAAUGGUCAUUAUCAAAUAUCUGACUCACUAGGUUCUAAGGAUUAUAUUUACAUUUUUACUUUGACUAUUUUAAUUUUAUAUACAUUUGUUUUACACUGAAAUGUAGAAAAAAAAAACGUGUUUAUAUUCCCGACUUUAUAAACGAUAUGAGAUAUUAAAGCAUUUUGACGAUGCUGUUGUCUAAAUAUUUGUUAAUAUGUAUGUUUAUUUUUUUGUGA